AUGCUCAGACCGAGUGAACGUGGAACCGCAUCCAGGGACAGGAAAAAGCAAAACGACGCCUUCAAUAAGAAGCACGGUGCAGUCCAGAGGAAUUUCCAGCACGGCGAUUCCGUAUAUGCCAAGGUUCAUUCAACGAAUUCCUGGAGAUGGGAACCAGCAACCGUAAUUGAGAAAAUCGGGAACGUUAACUACAAUGUGUUCCUGAACGAUCAACAACGUUUAAUACGGUCCCACACCAAUCAACUCAAGAGUCGUGUUCCAGACAAGAGUUCAAAGAACCAACCAUCUGCACUUUCCAUAUUCUUCGAUGGAUUCGGAUUAACGGUCCCGACAGAAGCACCAGCGGAUGUCGCUCCUCAAGUUCAACCUGCAAUUCAACCGCUUGAUGACCCACCUCUCAAUAAUCUGGAAGAUUCUAUCUUGACGGAUGAUAUGUCGGAUGGAGAAGCUGCUGGAACCGAAGAAACCGAGGAUGAACCGACUCCGGCUCCGAAUGCAAUUGAUGAACCACAACCAGCCCAACCUGAGAUUCCAAUACUAGAAAGAGGACGACGCAUGAUUCAACUACCAGCCCGGUUCAAGCCCUAUUGGAUGACGAAACCUUAA